UGGGCAGAAGGGCCUGUUUCCACACUGUAACACUCUAGGACUCUAUUGUACAUGGGGUGGCUGGAGGGAGGAUGCUUGGCCCACAGUGAGCUGUUUGCUGUUUUGGUGCCAGCAUGCCACAGUGACACUAUUGCUAUACCUUGGAGAGGGACCAAGCAUUGUUUAAAGUGUCUGGAACCUGAGGGAUGAUAAUGGUGGAGCAGGUAUACGCCAGACUUUGCGGUGCUGAUGUGGGUCGAUGUGCGAUUGAUCCAAUUUUCAGCUGAUUGCACCUGUAUAUGGACACGGUUGCCAUGGAAACCGGCAGCAGUGCGGAGACGGCUGGAACAAAGGCUUUGUCUCCUGGCCGUGGGGAAGUUGCUAGAGGGAUCCAGACCCAGGGAGCAGCUGUUCCCGCACCGUACGACUGUGCUGAUGCCACUGACACCGAGCAAUCUUCCGGGAAGCUGAGGAAAACGGCAUUUAAGCUGUUUGGAGGACGGAAGAGCAUUUGCACACUACCGAGCUUUUUCACUAUUAAGAACAAAGGACAAGUAAAGGGAUUCUCCAAAAAGGGAGUCGCUAAAAGCAAAACUCUCAAUGGCAUAAGUGAGGUGGCUUUGGACGUUAACCAAAAAGAAGGGCUCGAUACCGCGUGGAGUGGAUGCAAUGAUUCGUCCAGCUGGAGCUCCGUGGCGUCGAGAACCUUGCGCGGCUCAAAGAGCGAGCACUGUGCACUUGACAACAAUGUCCAGUGCGACUUCCGCAAAAGUGAAUCCCUAGAGUCGGAGAACACUGAAUGCUCCGUUCCCAAGCGAGGCGCUGACAAGCCCCUGGCUGAGCGGAGGUCGAAGAAGGGCCUGAGGGGUCUCUUUAACAGCAUCAGGCGUCACAGAAAGAACAAAGCUGUUGAUUCGGCUAAAGGAGAUCCACAGGGCAGUAACCAUGCUGCUGCCGCUGGGGUUCUUGCACACGCAGAACAAACGACGGCACACCGAGGAGUGGGGGUCGAAUAUAAGAAGGGUUUGGUGGAACUGAAUCUGAAGCCUUCAUGUAAAAUGAACUGUGCAGGAACAGGUGACUCUGUGGAUAAAGCUGAAACCGCAAACAGGACAAGUCCUUCCCCUGAAUCAUGUGCUUUCAAAGUCGAUAAACCCUCCAGAAAUAAGAGGAGUGAGUUAGAGACAUCGGGUACAGAGGUAAGGAAAAUCAAUGUCGGUGAAUGUAAGGGACAAAAUAAGAAGCCUGGUGGUGCUAUUUCUAAUCUGAACUCCAGUUUUGGUAGCAUGCCUGAUAUUGUAAAACCUACUUGCAUAGAUCGUGACCCGCCAUCUGUGCACUCUUUUGAUCAGGCCAGCUUGAUUUUUGGUGAUGUGACUUCACUGAAGAGCUUCGAUUCCCUGACGGGUUGUGGGGAUAUUAUUGCCGACCACGACGACGACAGUAUUGCCGAAAGCACGGUGUCGGGAGAGAGGAGCAGAGCGGCGGGGAAACGGAGCUCUUGCUUGGUCACUUAUCAGGGUGGCGGGGAAGAAAUGGCAACUCCCGACGAGGUGGAGGAUGAGUAUCUUAAAGUGCUGUGGGAGAAAGCGACAGGGACGGGUGCCAUGUUUGACAGCAGCCAGAAUAUAGCCGAGGAUGGCGGCGAGUGCCUGCGGUCACCCAGUGAUGCAGAGCAUUCGGCCCUGCAUAUUAACUUGUCGGAUCCUUGUUCGCUGCGUGGGAUCACCGAUAGUGCAAUCAACAGCAGCGAACUGGUGACGCCGCAGAGCGACCAUCAGGAAUCGGCGCCGAACAGCGAUGAAGGUUAUUACGACUCCACCACCCCAGGGCAUGAUGAGGAAGGAGGAGACAGUAUUAGCGAAAGCAAAAAUGACCGACUUCCAAGGGACAGCUACAGUGGCGACGCCUUGUAUGAACUCUUUGAGCAGAAUGAUAGUCUUAUAAACUCCCCUCCAAGUGAUGAGCAUUCUUUGGAAACCAAGCCACCUUCUUUGGGUGCCUCACUUACAUCCAUUUUAAGUUUUUCUUUACCGGUGGACACAAAUGUCCCUUGUAUUCCAAGUAAGCAAAGCAUUAUGAUUCCUUCCGAACAAGAGAAAUUUUAUUUUAUUCAGGAAGAUGAAAUCAAAUUAGAUCACCUACAGCAGCAACUAACAUGUUGGGAGUCGGAUGGGAAAAUGAUGUUCGUGAAAGACCCAUCCAUGAGGGGAAAGGAAAGAUUCUCGGGUGAUCUACUUGAGACUGAAUUUAGUAAAACGGGCUCAGAUGCUGUGGGCGUCAUUGCUAAAAAUCAGCAAACUGCUGUGAACACAGAACCACUUAUUUCAAGUAACGUGAGCAAAAAUGGGAAGACAAAAGUUGAGUACCUGUCUGAGGCAGCUGAUGGGCAGAACUGGGCGAAACUCCAAAGAGCCUGUCCAAAGGAAAAUGAUAAUAAAUACCUGAUGUGUAAGCGGAACAUGUGUGAGAACUACAACAUAUCAAAACCUCACAAUAUAUCAGGAGCAGGCUAUACACAAGAAUACAGCAAUGAAAACUGUGGUAAGUGGGGUCAAGAAGUGAAAAAUUGUGAGGAUCAAAAUAUGAAGAAAAUAGUCCAGAACAAUGGAAUGGUUGAUGGUUUAAGUGAAAGUUCCUCUGACUAUCGAGAGAUGGGAAAGGCUGAGGAGAAUUUUGAACAAGCUAUCAACUACUCGCAGGCUUUAGUUGAAUUCACUGCCAACAGAAAACUUUAUCCCAAUCUUUCUGAAAGCCUUGGGAAUUCUGACUCUGGGUCGCUGGCAGAGGAUAUGCAUGCUCUGCCGGCGAUGGUAACGUUUGACGUCGUUGAUGUUGAGAACGAGGAAGAAUGCGACCAGCAGAGUGAAAUGGUCACGGACGAAGAGAUCUCUGCAUCUUACGAGGCCUUUGAUGACAGUUACUUGGAGAAAGAUCCCUACCACCAUUGCGACGACAGAAUGUUUCAGAGCUGUGCCCAGAAUUCUUCGCUUGCAGUUUGUUGGGGAGUUGCCAGUCUUCCAAGGCACAGUAGCCUUUACAAACUAAAUCCUUCAUUGCCUUCUCCAUUAUCACUUAGCAAAAGGAGCAGGUCCCUAGACACCGACAGCUUGGAAUCUGAACUCACUGAUUUGUAUCUGUCAAAGGUCACUGCAACAUCAAAGAGCACCCCGCAGUCUCCUGAUGUUCCUCCCUAUGAAUGGGAUGGCAGGAAAGCUUCCGCUUGUCACUGGCUUGGCAAAAGAACUGGUCCGCUGGCUUCCUCGGAAGCCCCAGAGGCUGUAUAUGACUUGCGACGGUCGGGGCAGCAACUGGUCCAAUACAGGGAGGAACCUGUGUCUUUGGAGAAGAAAAAAGCAGCAUUUAAUUCUUUCUGCCCCUCAGAGUCAGACUUGGAUAAGCUGCAUUCUAAUCAGUCUGGAGAUUUGAGUUUACAAUGUAAAUCUAAUUCAGUUAAACAGACAGCUCAACACCAGUCUACUAGUAAAAGGAAUCUGGAACCUGUAAUUAAGAAUAAAAUGCCUCACAAUUCAAGGAAAUUGGUUAGGCCCUCUCACCUUCCUUUGGAAAAUGAUGAUUGUGUGUUGCAGACUGGUUCUUUUAGUUCUUCAAGGGAAAAUACUAAUGGCAAAGGGGCAUGUGUUUCCUUAAAUGAAAAGGGGGGAGGAGGAUUUCUGUAAAAUUGCAUCCUUGGCCCACUAUUCCGAUUCUGAAUGUGAACUUGCUGGUAAAGGAUGUGGGUCUAUAGAAAUUCCUCGGGUGCUGUCUCCCUUUCACUUAAACAAGACAAAUUCUGAGGCUCAGUCUGGAUUCUACUGGGCACCAAACAGCUGUCAAUAAUAUCAUGUUUAAAGGAAAAAAAGUGUCCUUGCUAUUUAACUUCCUGGAAUAAAAGCACUACACAUGGAUGUGUAAUUUUUUUAACCUACUGUGUGGCAGGGAGCAUGACGAGAAAGAGUUAUGCUGCCUGUUUUUCUUUUUUUGUUAUAUUACCAAUUUGUAAAUUCAGCUAUGUUUUGUAUUCACCAAAGGCUUUGGAUAUUAACUUUUCGAAAAAAAAUGUCUUAGUGAACCAGUAAUUGUAGCAUUUUGUUUAGAAUGUGAAUUGCAUGAUUU